GGUAGGGGAACGGGGCAGCAUCGAGGCUGUUGUGCUGGGGAGAGAGGCUGCUGCCCUGCCGCAGAGGAUGGGCUCCACCACGCCAGCCUGCCUGUUCAUCCCUGCUGGCCACCAGGCUCCCAAACGCCGGUUCACAUGACCCAGCACCCAGGCUUCCAAGCUGCCUCCCAGUAGCGCAGGGAGGAGAAGGCGGUGCUGAAAGGCUGCCCAGAGCCAAGGUGGGAAGAAAUCUUGGCCGGCCACUUCCAAAGCUUCUGGACCAGGAAUUAGGGCGAGCGAGCUGCCGGCCAUGGAAGCCUCCACCUGGCAGUGCUAUGGAUAUUUACGGGAUGACACGAGGAAGGUGAGGGGCAGAGACUGUGCCUCUUCCCCAGCAGACUCUGGAGGCUCCGGGGAGGAUUAUGCCUUGCUGCAGCUGGGCCAGGAGGGCCUGGGAAGCAGGCUGGAGAGAAGGGGGGACCUUGGCGAGCCCAGGAGUGACUCGCAAGCUGCUGCCAAGAAGUUAGAGAUGAGCAGCAGCGGGCAGAGAGGGCCGGCAGGGGACCUGUGCGUGGAAGACCAACCUGUGUCAAAAAGGGGGUGCAGGAGAGGGGAGGAGGGAGAAACCCCUCCGAAGGUGUACGAGAUGGAGGUGGGGCACGGGCGAGCGGGCACGGGCAGGACGGUGAAGCCUGUGGUGUACAGGCUGGAGGAGAGCGAGUACAGGCGCCUGCUGGAGGAGGCAGAAGCAGAACCCGAGGAGGAAUGGGAAGUGACCGAGCAGAAGGUACUUGAGAUCCGGGAGGACUACCCAGAGGAUGGGAAGGUGGCAAGCCCAAGCCUCAGCAGGCUCAACUCCUUGUCAGGAGCCCUGAGGAGGCAGCUGAGCCGCUCGGACUCGGAAAGCAGUGCAGACAGCAGGCAAGUGGCCAAGCUGAGCCCGAGCUGCCCCUCGGAGGGCCACAAGCCCACCGUGCCCAUCCGGUCGGACAGCUUCGAGCGGAACGCCCUGCUCAUGGAUUACCUCCUGCAAAGCAAGCAGGAGGCGCCGGCAGCUGCUGCCUUCGUCCCCUGGGAAAGCAGCAGGGCAGCUGAGAGCUUCAGGCAGGCGCUGAGCUUCGCUGCCCAGCCCGACGGCGUGCCCGACCUCGGCCACGAUGGCCAGGCUGGCGAGGAGGCUCUGGCCAGGCAGCUGGAGCCAGACAAGCAGGCAGCAAAGAGCCUGGAGAGGAUGUUCUCCGAGGCUGCAAAUUACGCUCCCGUGUCCAGGGACACCGAGAAGCUUUUGAGACAGAGCAGCAGCAGCAGCCAGCCCUUCGGGAGCAGGGAGCGGCUGGAAGGCGACGCAGAUGUGGGGGUACUCGAGUCCUACAUCCAGAAGAAGACCCCACCAGCCCCUCCCGUCAGGUCCCACAGCAAGGAGAGCCUGGCUUUGAGCAUGAGCAAGACGGUGGCAAUGACAGAGGCUCUGCUGGAGCCCCACAGCAGCGCGGCCAAGCCUGCCAAGGAGCAGUGGGCAGCUGGCGGAGAGGAGCAGCUCGCUGGAGGCUGGACCGCAGGAGGAGGGGGCUCGGAGGAGCCCGAGCGGAAGGGGUGGAAGAGUCAGGAGGAUGAGAAAGUGCUUAAAGUUGCCGACGCCAAGAAGACCUUCGAGAAGAGCAAGGCUGCCGAGGGCAAGGCGGCGGCACCAGCGCCCAGCGUGGCCAGGAAAGCACCUUUGGUCCACCUUGAUCCUAGACAGCAGGGAGAGAAAGAGAACAAGAUGGCAAAAGGCUUCAGAACUGGUUGAAUAAUGAGGACCAGCCUAGGCUGUGCGCUGAGCGCCACAGGAACCGCGGCGCCGAGCCUCGCCUUGCUGCUCACUGCUCCUUACAGGCUGCCUGGCUGCCUUUUGUGCUAUUCCAAAGGCUAGGAAGUGUCAAUCCCAGGAUAUUCGUGUUGUAAAUAAAAUACAGCUUGCUUCCC